AUGGCUGCAUCUUUAGCCAAAGCCGUGAUGUCGGAUCCAGAAAAUGAAUCUGUCAACUGGAUCAACUCUUCAAGGUCUUUUUCUGAGAUUUCGAUCUCGUCAACGAAAAUAAUCGACGGAGCAAGUCGCUUGGCCAACUGGAACAGUGCUCUCACGAGCUUCUCGGACUCUCCCAAGUACUUGGAAGUCAAGGAAGAUGCAGAAAUAGAGAAAAAGGUGGAUUUCGACUCGGUUGCAACGGCACGAGCGAGCAUGGUCUUACCUGUACCUGGGGGUCCAAAUAACAACAUUCCUCGUGCAGGCUCUCUCAACCCGCUGAAGAGAUCGGGCCUCAAAAAUGGAUAA